UGACAAUGACGAGGAUAUUGCUGAAGGGGAAGAAGGAGAUGAUGAGGAUGAUGUUGAUGAAGACGACUUUAUGGAAGUGUCUGACGCAAUCAGUGGAAAAGCCAACUUGGAAACUCCCGUGAUGGGCUCUUCUCUCACCACGCCAACAAUUGUUGAGACAUCAACAAUGACCACAACUAGCAGUUGUUCUGGCAAAAGAUCAAUUAUAACACCAACAGCAAAUACGACCGAUGGUGAAGGUGACAUCCAAGAAUAUGGAACCGCUGAUUUCCUUUGCAGAGUCAUCUCAAAAGAUGUGUUCCUUUCGAGGUAUGUGCCUUAA